CCGUUACUGCCGCCGUCGCCGCCACUACCGCCGCCGCUCGAUGCGUCGUCGUCGCACCACUGAGUAUCUCAUUUGAUAUGUUAGGGUCGUGUUUGCCGUUGGAGACUGUGGCAACUGUCGAAUCGCAUUAUUACGUGCUGUGCACAUCUCAUCAUCCGUCGUUCUCGUGACUAGUAGGCGUGUCGUGGUCGGAAAUCGUGAUAGCUGCGUGAGAGUGCGAAUAUCGCACAAAUAUCUCAUCUCAAAAGAGAGACAGGCAGAAAGAGAAAGAGAGAGGCUCCGCGACGGGGUGAGUUUCUUUGGUAAGAGAGAGGCCUGUUCCAAGCGGGAUCAUGAAAAUGAUCUUUUGGAAUAGUUUUCCCCGUUCUUCCUGUCUUUGGGAUAGACAUUGACGAUAUGGAUGCAAUAUGGCCUCAGUACUUUGGCAUGUCUCUGGAAAUAGUUUUCUUUCACCAAUCUUCGUGUUACUCUUGCUACUGUGUCCACACAACUCCACAGCCCGCGAGAUAUUUGAUGCACCACUACCACAAGACUACUUUCCAACACUGCCACCACCACCGGGAGGACUCACUACAGCCAAAAUACUAAAGUGUGACCAAAAAUUUGUAAGCACUCCUGAUGGACCGCUGAACGGAAGCUUUUAUGCACCGACGUUGAUCAACCCCGAAGGAGAGCCACGUCAAUGCGUUUACACAUUUCUUGCAGGGCCGCGUCAACGUGUCGAAUUGACUUUCACGUCCUUUGGCCUUCGAGGAAAACCACCAGAUGGAUCUGCUGUGGGAGAAUUACCAGCCUGUAUUCAUGAAUAUCUGGACAUUUACUCGGAGAUACGAUCGGAGAACACGACUAAGUUAAUAGAGACACCGUUUGGUGGACGAUUCUGCGGACCAAUUCCACCACGUAGACGGGUCUCUCUUUAUCAAGGAAUUGCUCUCAGUUUCUACACCGACAAGAAUGUCACGUUCCCGAAUAUUUUCAGCGGUAUUUACAGAUUUAUCAACGCCUCCGAGUAUGAAGUUGGCACGCCAGAGCCAAGCACACCAUGUACUUUUACAAUACAUGCGGAAAUCAAACGUAAUGGAAACAUACUGUCUCCCACUUAUCCCGGCACCUAUCCGAAAGAUCUUAUUUGUAGUUAUCAAUUUGUCGGGCACCGUGGACAACGUGUGCGAUUGGAAUUUCGUGACUUUGAUUUGUUCUUUGGGGGACCACAUUGCCCGCUAGAUUAUGUGAAAGUGUAUGAUGGUCCCGAUAAUUCGACCGCUGUUAUCGGCACUUACUGCGGCCAGCAACGAAAUUUAGUGUUAUACUCCUCAGAGAACAGUUUGUUUGUGCUAUUUUCAACAUUGAGACGCACGGCAAAUACGCAAAAUCGAGGAUUUAAAGGCAUUUUUGAGUUCUCAGAGAGUUUUGUCAGCCUAGAUUUCAUAACAGAAUAUCAAGGCGAGCAUAUUCGUGGGUCUGAAUGCGACCAAAAAAUCCUUAGUAAGAAGGAAACAUCGGGAUUCGUAGUUAGUCCUAAUUUUCCAUAUCCUUAUUUACCUAAGGUUGUUUGCCGUUACUUCAUCUAUGGCAUGCAGGACUCGCAACAUCUAGAGCGCGUGCGGCUGGAAUUUCAAGUAUUUACAAUACAGAUGCCCAAGGGAGAGACGUCGUGUACCGAUGGCUAUCUAAAAUUAUAUUUAAAAGGUCAAGAAGCAACGGAUUCUUAUGACAAAUUCGAUUAUGAGAUGUGUGGUAAUAAUAGUAAUCCAAGUCAUAUAGUCAGCGACGGGCCGAGACUUGUGAUGGUAUUCAGUAGCGGAGAAUUACAGGCACAGGGCUUUAAAGCUAAGUACAUUUUUGAAACGGAGUACAAGAUACCGGGUACUGCAGCGCCCGAUGGCAGUUGCACUUUUACUUAUCGCAGUUCGUCUCGUAAACGUGGCGAAUUUAAUUCACCACGAUAUCCUAGCAAUUAUCCGAGCGACACGAAUUGCACGUAUUUCUUUCUAGCGACGCCAGAUGAGCAGGUUGCUUUAAUCUUCGAUCACUUUAAAGUUCGCACAAGAAACGAUAAUGUGACAGUUGGAUAUUAUGGGUCAUUUAUGGUCAUGAUCUUGACAACAUAUGUCAAGGUCAAGGUCAUUGGAAAGGGUUCCCCUAAGAGGGUUUUUCUAAACAGGAUAUUUAUCAGAACAAGUAAAGAAAAAGAUUGUGGAUCAAAUAUUAGUAGUCUAAAUUACGGUAUAAUAACUAGUCCAAAUUUCCCAAACAAUUAUGAUGGACCGGCAAAAAACUUAGCUAGUAAAAGUUGCAACUGGUUUAUAAGAGUUCGACCGGAUCAGCGAAUACUCUUAAACUUUGAAGUCUUCUCCGUAGAAGGUGAUCAAUUAGCACGAGGUUGUCCUGCAGCCGUGUUACGCAUGUGGUAUUCUUCUACUCCUCGUGAGCUUUGUGGUGUCAAAGAUCCUAAUGCUAAAUGGGAUUAUCUUUCGGAAGAUCAUAAUAUGCGACUCAGUUUUAUAUCAGCUGAUAAAGCAGUAGGACAACAAGGCUUUCGAGCUGUGUGGACUGAAGUGAGCACGAACACAGAUUGCGAGAACCAGUUUCUAUGCAGUAAAAGUAAAUACUGCAUCAACGAAUCGCUACGGUGCAAUAACAUUGAUAAUUGUGGACCUGAUGAUUCGUCGGACGAGGAAAACUGCGUCACCGUCGUACCAGCAGACAGCUACACGAUGCCGAUAGUCUAUGCGAUCAGCAGUAUCUUGGUGAUCAUGAUGCUCUGUCUGAUCUGUCAUCAUAGAUUACGCAGAAGAUCGCGUAAUAUAUCAAUCAAUGACCUUCCACAGCAGCAAAUAGUUGAUGAUCAGCGCCAUUGCUACCAACAUCAUGACUUGCUACAUCAUCAGCAUCAAAAUCACACAUCAACGCACAGUUUUAAUCAAUAUCAAUUAGAACAGUCAAGUCUACCGAGCGAAAGUGAUGAAGACGAGGCAGAAGAACCUGAGCCAUGUUGCGACCAAGAAUCCAGCAGUCCUGAUAGUGUGUGAUACCAAUCAGCCUCUUACUUAUCACGUGCAAAUUGUUAUUAUUGUUGUUACAUACAGCAAAAAAGAAGAGUCGAGGAAAAGUCCCUAAGAAAAAAUUCGAUGCGACGUUUAUCGUUAUAUACGUGUUUCAUAACAUUAUAUAUUGUAAGUUUUCUAUAUGUACACGCGGUAUGCAUAACUUUUGUGUGUGUAUGCGCGCACACGCUUUUGCGUGUAUGUACAUUUAUAUAAACACUAUAUAUAUAACAUUAUAUAAACUAAACUGCUAAUAUAUAUGUUCGUCAGUAAAUUCACACAAAGUAUUAUAAUACAUUGGUAUCAACUGCGUUUGCAUUAGUCUCUACGUUAUGCAAAGUCUACUGACACAAUCUGAUAGUAAAUUCCCAGCGGAAGUUGAGCAGAAUCUGUCAUUUCAUAAUCUUUUAAAUGAAGUAUGCCAAGCGCUCCAUAGUAUGCAAAGUCAAUUCGUCAUAUUGGAAAAUUUUAUAUAUUUUGUUCCGUGUGUGUGUGUGUGUGUGUGUGUGUGUGUGUGCGCGCG